UUCACUCUGUGUACAGGAAGUUGCACAGCUCAUGCGCAGUAUCCAAGCAACAUUUCAACAUCGUGAGGCGCUUUGGUAGCAGCACUGCUGGAGCUGCCUUCUUCACUGAUUUGUUCUCUGGUUUUUGUUAAGUGUGCAAAACAAGAACAAUAUGGCGACAGCAGUGAGUGUGCAGUCACCAGUGAGUAAUGACAUUCGUACACUGGUCCAGACCAGGAGAAUUAGAGUUUCUCAGUUCUUUCAGGACUAUGACAAACUUCGCUCAGGCUAUGUAACCACCCCACAGUUUUUCCGCUGCCUGUGGCAGACCAUGAAUUUAAAACUGUCACCAGAAGAGGAGAAAGACAUAAUUGAGAGAUACGACUUGAAAAAAGAUGGUCACAUAAACUAUCGCCUUUUCUGCGAAGACAUUGAUCUCAGAUUUAAUCCUAAAGAUGUGCAUGAUGACCCAGCUUCACAGAAAGUUGAAGCUCCUGAGUUUCUGGGAACCAUUCGUUCAGUACAACCAUUGACCCAAACCUCAGAAGAGCAUUUGCUGAACAUACUGCACAGAAUGGAGCAUUUCUACAAUGUUCAUGGCAUCAGUAUUCGUACUGCAUAUGAAGAUUUUGAUGUACAUCAUAUCGGUACAGUUACAGAGAGUCAGUUCUACCGCAAUUUUCCUGGGCCGUCUAGUGUUAAUGACAGCGAUAUAAAGUUACUGGUGGACAAAUACAAGGACCCUGCACAGCCAGGAAUGAUCAACUAUCUAAAUCUAUUCCAUGACAUUAUGGCCAUAUCAGAUUAUGUUGCCAAAGAGAAGACAUCACCUGGUAUAGUGGCAACAAAUGUGGACUUUGUUCCACUGAUUCUUGCUGGUGACCCUGCCCUGAAUCAGAUUUUUGAUAAACUAAGGGUUGCAAUUUUUAAGAAUGGAAUUCGAUCUUUGGAGUUUUUCAAAGAUUAUGACAAACUGCGAAGUGGAAUCAUUACAGAAAACCAGUUUGUCUGUGGCCUUGUAUUGGCAGCAGGCAAAGAGGCCCAGCUGAGUCGUCCAGAAAUACAAAAGAUUGUUGAUUUCUACCGUAUUUCUGAUGGACGAGUUCGGUACCGGGAAUUUUGUGACAUGCUUGAAAACACAUUUACAGUUCCAGACUUAGAGAAGAAACCAACAGAAAUGGUGGUACGGCCAUUAAGAGGAAGCCUUUUCAGGGGUCUGAAACCUUUGAGUAAAGAAGAAGAGGAACGUGUGCUGGUUGUACUUCGUGAACUCAGAGAUAAGUGCCAGCAACAGCGAGUUUUGAUGUAUCCAUACUUUAAAGAUUAUGACAGGAGCUGCGCAUACACUCGUGUCGUCACCCCACUACAGUUUGGCCGCAUACUACAUUUCCUAGGACUGAAUGUAAAUCCACAGGACUUAAAAUUGCUGGUGGCCAAGUUUCAGGAUCCUGCCAGCGGUGAUGUGGACUACCCUUCAUUUGUGCAGGCUGUUGAUGAUGAAUUUGUGGGUCAUGUUCUUGAGAUUGAGACUAUGGAUGAGCUACCACCAGAAAAGAAAGUACCAGAUGUUGUGUUGUCUUUUGAUGACCUCAUGGCUAGGAUACGUCACAUUGUGCUCACAAACCGUCUCAGAGUGAAGGAGGCCUUUGAAGAUUUUGACCAUCUACGAAGUGGGUCCAUCUCUAAGACACGAUUUCGUCGGUGUCUGGCAACGCUGGGGCUGAGUAAGUUGAGGCACCAUGACCUGAAUGAUUCCCAGUUUGCAUUGCUCUGCAGGAUGUAUCAAAACCCAAUGAAAGAGGACCAGGUGCUGUGGGCAAAAUUUGCUGCAGAUGUUGAAAGUGUUUUCACAAAGUCUGGCCUGCAUAAAGAGCCAACAGCACAGGUCCCUCCACUGGAAACAUUCAAGGUCCCAGUUGCAGGCACUAUGAAUUUGAGUGAUACCAAUGAGAAUCAUCGCCAACUUUUGGAUUCAACAAUUUCCAGAUUACGCCAACGUGUGGAGCAGCGCCGGAUACUACUGAGACCUGUGUUUCAAGAUUUUGACCUCCACAACCAUGGUCAUGUAACACGGAUUCAGUUCCGUCAAUGUUUUGCUAUGUUAGACAUCCACAUCAAUGAUGAGGAGGCAGCAGCACUAGAAGCUUACUUUAAAGAUGAUAUUGGCAUCAACUACUUAAAAUUCCUUCAAAUUCUGCAACCUUGCGAACCAGAAGACUAUAAGUACAUAAAACGCUUGGAGGAGCUUCAAGAAACCCAGGCAAGGGGUUCUCUGCCAGAAAAAAAUGCAGUGGGAGACUUGGAGAAAGUCCUUUUCAAGAUAAAGACAAAGGUCAGCAGGGAACGAAUACGUUUAGAGGACUUCAUGACAGAUUAUGACAAACUGAACUCGGGUCGCAUGCCAAAGAACACUUUUCGUCGAGCUCUGAUUCUGGCUCGUUUAGAGCUGUAUGAAUCUGAGCUGUCUCUUCUUGAAGACAAGUAUGAAAGUGAGAGGGACCCCGGCUAUGUGGAAUACAGACGGUUUUGUGACGAGAUAGAAUCCAUCUUCACAAUCAAGCACUUGGAGAAAAUGCCACAAGAGGAGGUCUUGCCCUUCAAACCUCCUGUUGAAUGGGAACUGAACUCUCUCACGCCUGAGGAAACUGAGAAAUUCAUGCAAUGCAUGACCAAAAUCAAAGAAAAGGUAAGACAGCAUCGCAUGCAGCUUUUCCCGCUGUUUGAAGAUUAUGACAGAGUUCAUAAUGGAUAUGUCUCAAGAUUCCAAUUUCGACGUGUACUUAGCGAGUUGCAGCUGGAGAGCAUGCUCACAGAAAUGGACUUUGUGUUGAUGUGGAAACAGUUUCAUGUCCAAGUUGGCGGCAGCGACGACAUCAACUACAUUGCGUUUUGUGAGAUGGUCUACCAUAUGGCUGGCUUUGAAUGGCGAAAACCUUAAUGUUGUCUUUAGUGUAAGUGGAGUUUUUCUUUGGUGAUCUAGACUGGUAUCAGCACAGUUUUCUUUGCAGGAUCUUGUCAGGAAUUUUUAAAUCCUAUGCCGUAUUUAAAUCACCUCAAGGCUUGGGCAUAUUUAAGAUAAUAUUUGAGAUGGUGUUGGAUAAAUCUUGUCAUAUUUUAAAAAAGAAUUUAAGUAAAAGCACAAACAACUACAAGUCGUUUGUGAAGAAUGUUUAAGCCAUCUGCACACCAUGUCUUAUGAUGAAUGGCAAACUGGCUGAGAAUUAAGAAGACAGACAAGAAAGACAACUUGUUUAUGAACAUGAUAUAUGUAGCAUAUUAUAUUGCAGCUAGCAGAAGUAUUGCUUUUUGAGUACUUUUGAGAUUUUUUUCUGUAGCAGCUAAAGCAGUAUCAGCACUGUUUUAACGAACCAAACAGAAAAAGUGUGUUAUAUCAGUAUGAAUUAGUCUUUUCUUCAAACUUAUCUUUAAAGUCUUGAGAUUUUAAUACAAUUUUCAGCUUGGUGUACCACAUGAGUUGGGCCUGAAUGCUCUAUAUUAAGUAAAGGAAGGGUGAUGUUCAUAUACACUACAUUACAGUAUUUUUGAUAAUCAUGAUUUCUUUUCAAUUUUCGAAUCAUAAUGUUUUCCUGUGAUAUAAAAGAAAUAAAGUUGUUUUGCUGUGAAAGCAUUUCUUAUAAGGCUUUGUCAUUACGGUGUUAUUAUCUUGUUCAGCAUUACUUUUAAUUUAUUUCUCCUUGCAAUAAAUCAUGAGGACCGGCAUUCAAUAAAGAAUUAUUCAUAUAAAAUA